AUGUUUCAGGUUGGCGUUCUUUCCGCCUGCAGUCAUACUGGCAUGACUGAUAGAGGAACUGAAUAUUUUGAUGCAAUGAAUAAAGAUUAUGGUAUAACACCAAAUCCAAGACAUUAUAAUUGCAUGAUUGAUCUUCUUGGUAGAGCUGGCCGCCUGGAAGAAGCACAUAACUUAUUAAAAAACAUGCCUUUUGAGCCAGAUGCUGCAAGCUGGGGAGCUCUACUAGGUUCAAGCCAGAUUCAUGGCUAUACUGAACUGGGUGAGAAGGCUGCUGAGAUGCUUUUUAAUAUGGAACCCCAUAACGCGGGAAUGUAUGUCCUUCUUUCAAAUUUAUAUGCAGGUUUAGGCAAAUGGGUUGAAGUUGGCAAGCUUAGAUUAAAAAUGAGGCAACUUGGUAUUCAGAAAAUACCCGGGUAUAGUUGGGUUGAGGUCCAAAACAAGAUUCAUACAUUCACAGUUGGUGAUUGUUUGCAUCCAGAAAAGGAUAGAAUAUAUGCUUACUUAGAAGAAUUAGAUCUAAAACUGACGCAAGAGGGGCAUGUUCCUUUGGUAAAAUUGGUUCUGCAUGAUGUGGAAGAGGAAGAGAAGAAGCGAAUGCUCAAGUAUCACAGUGAAAAAUUAGCUGUGGCAUUUGGAAUUUUGACCAUACCCUCUGGUAGACCAAUACGUGUCAUGAAAAACUUGCGAAUGUGUGAAGACUGUCAUAAUGCCAUCAAGCACAUAUCCAAAAUUAUUGGAAGAUUGAUAAUCUUAAGGGAUUCUCAUCGCUUUCAUUACUUCAGUGAGGGUAUUUGUUCUUGUGAGGAUUAUUGGUGA